CCAGCCCUCUCCGGGGUCCCUUUUGUUUAACUAUCAAACAUAAGCACCUUCCGAGAUCCCGAGGGCUUCAGAUGACAAAACGGCCAACAUCUUGUGCAAGGAUCAAUACUGACCGCGUAUCGUUCUGCAGCCAUGUCUAGGUCAUUUUAUGUCGACUCUUUGAUUAUCAAGGACACGGUGCGACCCAUACCUCUUAACGAGCAUCCACGGCAAGACUUUCUCUUCCCCAUCAGUAUGCACUCGCCCACCAUGAUGACGGUCACCGCGCCAGUGUGCCCGUCCAGGAAAAGCGGCACUUUCUGCGUCUGCCCGCUUUGCGUCACGUCCCACCUCCACUCUCCCCGCAGCGGCAUUUCGAUGCUGAAGAGUCAGUUCCCGAGAGCGGAGCCCCAAUAUUGUCAGAGGAUAUCACACCACCAACAGUCUCCGCCACUUGCGCACCCUUCUGCACGCCCAGUCUGCACGCCUGUCUACAAGCCCAUGUACAGCGUCACAGACCCCAUGAGUUACCACUGUCUCUCCAUAGGCGCCUCUGAGAGCAGUCACAUCCAGAAUGGCAAGAGAAUGCGCACGGCUUUCACCAGCACACAACUAUUGGAACUGGAGAGGGAGUUCUCCUCCAACAUGUAUCUUUCCAGGCUCAGAAGAAUUGAAAUAGCAACUUAUCUGAACCUCUCGGAGAAACAGGUGAAAAUCUGGUUCCAGAACCGGAGGGUGAAACACAAGAAGGAGGGCAAGGGCACACAGAGGAGCGCGCACAACGGUUGUAAGUGCGCAAGCGGUCACAUGGAUUACCCAAGGUCUGAGGACGAGGAAUCUUUAUCGCCUGCAUCAGCGUCAGAGGAGAAACAUAUCUCCCCAAUCUGAGGGCAUCUCAGACUGUCACUGCACAGACUUCCAUUACACUACUGGCACUUAGUCUACCAUGGUUCAUCACGAAUUCUGCAACACCAGACGACCUCCGGGCCAUGAGAUGCUACUUUCAGUCUGAGAAGAAGUACUGGAAAUAUCCUUGGUUUCCCCUGGUUAAAUUAUGUAGGCCUAUUCGUACGUUCAUUUUAUGUUAACUGUGAAUACAUGUUUUAUUUGUUGAAAUAUUUUUUUUUUAAACAGUGACGCUAAAUCCUUCAGGGUUCAACCCAACGUCAAAGUUGUACCUCCUCAGUGGUUGUCAUACGAUGCUUGAUAUCAUUCUUAUCACUGUAAAUAUGAUGGCCGUUGAUCCAUUCUGUUUCAGUUCUUAUUUUUCCACGUGAAAUUGUAUGUACAUAGUAGACUAGUAUGUGUAUAUAAUAUGUAUAUUUGUAUUUAUUCUAAUAAAACAUUGGUGAGUUGUA